GCAUCCUACUAUCCCGUCUCAAUGAGAAAGGAACGCUAUACGCAUACUUGAGAAUAUGGCGUUUCGGUGAAAUAAACCCUCUUCUAGCAACAAAGCAUCAUUUCAACAAGACUGCGUAUAUAUAUAGAGCGAAGGAUUUGAUUAAGUUCAAAGCACAGCAGGACUUGAUUAGCACCAGCAUACUUAUUGACCCAACUCUUUAUCCCUCAGAAUUUCGGGUUUAACCAAGCUCUGAUAUGAGGAGACUAUUACUCGCAUGCCUCUUCUUCGUCAACUGCAGCAAGGUUCUCUCCUCCGAAUCUGAAGGCACUCUCAGACCAGCCCAUAAUCAUUACAAGCCGAGAGAGGAGGAAAGUUCAGCUGCCCUUGACUUGAUCAGCAAAAUAGAAGAGAAAUACCAUGAAAGGAAAGCCAAAGAGAGAGACUAUCAAAACAAUCAGGGGGAAGUUCAGAAAGUUCAUAAUCUGAACAGUGUCAACAAAGGAAAGGGCGUUUAUGGUGGCGGGGAUCUCAUUAAGCCACGUAAAAAGACUCACAGUGGUGCACCCGCCAAUGUGCUUCAUGCUUCUUUCCUGUCUGCAGCAGUGGGGCCAGUAGUAGUUGGACUCGUCGCUGUCACUCUGCUCUUCCAAGUUUAAGCGUGUGCAGUUCUACUUGGGAUGGAGACGCUGGCAAGAAGCACUACCACUCCCGUAAAAGCAGGUUAAAAUUUGGGUUCCUCUUCUCUUGUAAAAGCAGUUAUUUCUUUUCAUUUGAAGUUCGAAUACAGGCAAUAACUGCUUUUUCUUGCUCA